AUGAAAUAGUAGCAAUCAAUCAAAAAAGUUUCAGGAACUUAGCAAGCAUAAAAGGAUUCUAAAAAGAAGUUAAACUUCUUUUAGAUUUUGAAGACAGGCACAUCAUUUUACUAGAAGGAAGAAAAUAAUAGAUUUUAAAAACAAACAGAAAAAGUAAAUUAGGCCGUUAGAGAAUCUUCUUAACCCAAGAGAAAACUUUCUGACAAUAACCUAGCAUAAAAAUAUAAUGAAAACGAUAGUGAUGAUAGCGAUAAUGAAAAUCUUAAGCAAUUAAAUGAACAAAUCACUUAAACAAAAUCUCGUAGAAAAAUGAGCAUAGAUGAAUUAGAAAAGGAUUGGGAACAUCAGUAGCAACUUAAGCAAGCUAAAAUCAAAGCAUUGAUGAAAUUGUACAAAGUUAAAGUUGAAGGUGAUAAUAUUCCACCUCUCUUAACUAAUUUCACUAAAAUGCAAAAGAAGUAUGGAUUUAACCAAAAAAUAUUGGAUAACAUGAAGAAAGCUGGUUAUGAAAAGCCUACUCCAAUUUAGAUGUAAUCAGUACCAAUAAUUAUGGAAAAAAGAAAUUUACUAGCACUUGCUCCUACUGGAAGUGGUAAAACAGCUGCUUAUUGUCUUCCAUUGCUCUAGAAACUAGGCACUCAUUAAAAAAAUGGAGUCAGAGCUCUCAUUUUUGCUCCCUCAAACGAAUUGGCAGAGUAAAUUUUAAGAGAAUUCGAAUUCUUAAAUUACGGAGUUGAAGAUGGUCUCAGAAUCAAAUAAAUUUAAAAAAUAAAUAAUGAAUCAAACGCUUUCAAAAUAUAACUUGAACAUAUCGAUAUUUUAAUUACUACUCCAUUAAAGUUCAUUAAAAUGAAUAGAAAAUCUCAUACAGAAUUUGAUAAGUUAGAAUACAUUGUAUUCGAUGAAGCAGAUAGAUACUUUGAAUUUAACAUUGCUGGUUAAAUGAAGAGAAUUUUAGAAACAUUUUAAGAAAAGUAAGGGCUAACUUAUUUAUUAUUUAGUGCAACUAUUCAACAUCCUGUAGAAGAAUUAGUUAAAAAUAUUAUCGUUGAUCCAUUGAAAUUGUAGAUUGGAGGUAAAAAUAAUGUUUUGGCUUCAAUUGAGUAGUCACUUUCUUACUGCUAAAGUGAAUAUGGCAAACUUGUCGAAUUAAAAAAUAUUAUUAACAAUGGUGAAUUUAAUCCACCUGUCCUUAUUUUUGUUCAAUCUAAAGAAAGAGGAGAGGAAUUACUUUCUAUGAUAAAAAGCUCCUGUGUGAAUACACCUAUUAAAAUAGAAAAGAUUGAUUCUGAUAAGUAGAAAGAAGAAAGAGAAGAAGUUAUUGAAGAUUUUAGAACUGGUAAGUUGUGGGCUUUAAUUUGUACAGAUUUGAUGGCAAGAGGUAUUGACUUUAAGGGAGUUAAUUUGGUCAUUAAUUAUGAUUUUCCAACUACUAUGAUUAAUUAUAUUCACAGAGUCGGACGUACUGGAAGAGCUGGAAGAACAGGCAGAGCAAUUACCUUCUUUACAAACGAAGAUAAGCCUUUGCUUAGAAGUUUAGGAAAUAUGCUUAAAGUUUCAGGAUGUGAUGUACCUGAAUGGAUUUUCAAAUUGCAAAAGGCUGAUAAGAAAACUUUAAAAAGACUCGAAAAGUUCCCAGUAAAAAGAGAUGCUAUUUCCUUAGAUCCAUCUAAAUAAAAAGAAAAAGAUUUAGAAUUCGAAAAGCAAAUUAGAAUAGCUGAUGGACAAUAUUUUAGUAGAAAGAAAAAAAUAGAUAGAGAAGAAAGAAGAAAAUAAUAACAAAACUAAGGAAAGGAAAACGAAGACGAUGGCUGGUAGAUAGCAUGA